AUGGAGAAGUCCCAGUCUUAUGCAGGAUUGGAGGAGAGAGCAGCUGCCGCUGUUGCCAUGGAGAAGUCCCAGUCUUAUGCAGCACUGGAGGAGAGAGCACCUGCAGUUGUUGCCAUUGAGAAGUCCCAGUCUUAUGCAGCACGGAAGGAGAGAGCAACUGCAGCUGUUGCCAUGGAGAAGGUCCAGUCUGCUACAGCACUGGAGGAGAGAGCAGCUGCAGCUGUUGCCAUGGAGAAGUCCAAGUCUUAUGCAGCACUGGAGGAGAGAGUAGCUGCAUAUGUUGCCAUGGAGAAGUCCCAGUCUUUUGCAGCACUGGAGGAGAGAGCAGCUGCCGCUGUUGCCACGGAGAAGGCCCAGUCUUAUGCAGCACUUGAGGAGAGAGCAGCUGCACCUGUUGCCAUGGAGAAGGUCCAGUCUGCUGGAGAACGAAAUGCUGAGAAGCUGUCUGGAGCUGUUGCUGACCUGGCCAAUGGUGAAGACGCUGCAGUUGCUGUUGCAGCCUCCAAAGCCGACACAGUUCCAGGUCACGAUUCGGAUAGCGAUGAGGUUUCGGACAACGAUUUCUUGGAUGAAGUAGAUGGUUUUGAUUUAGUUGAACUAGAUGCCGAUGCUUAA